CGCCUCACAGGCAACAGGUCGCCGGAGCGUCCCGGCCCCGUCCCGGCCCGUCCCGCCGCCCCGGCCCGGCCAUGCCGCUGCGGCUGGCGCUCUGCCUGCUCGCCCUCUGCAGCCCCGCCGCCGCGCACGGUGGGAUCUGCUGGCUGCAGCAGGGGAAGGAGGCCAAGUGCACCAUGAUCCUGAAGACAGGCGUGACGUGGGAGGAAUGCUGUGCCAAUGGCAACGUGGACGUGGCCUGGUCUAAUUACACCUACCCCGGCAACAAGAUCAGCCUGCUGGGCUUCCUGGGGCUGGUGACCUGCCACCCCUGCAAAGAGAGCUGCGAGGGGGUGGUGUGCGGCCCCGACAAGGUCUGCAAGAUGAAGCACGGGCGUCCCCAGUGCGCCUGUGCCCCCGACUGCUCCAGCCUGCCCCGCAAGCUGCAGGUCUGCGGUUCCGACGGCUACACCUACCGCGACGAGUGCGACCUGCUGACGGCCAAGUGCAGAGACCACCCCGAUCUCGAAGUGAUGUACCAGGGGAAAUGCAAAAAGUCCUGCUCCAGCGUGGUGUGCCCCGGCACCCACACCUGUGUGGUGGACCAGACGGGCAGCGCCCACUGCGUGAUGUGCCGGACGGCCCCCUGCCCUGAGCCCACCAGCCUGGACCAUGCCCUCUGCGGCAACAACAACGUCACCUACCCCUCGGCGUGCCACCUCCGCCGGGCCACGUGCCACCGCGGCCGCUCCAUCGGCGUGCGCCACUACGGGAGCUGUUCGGCUGUGGCCAAAUUCUCCCCGGAUAUGGACAACGCGGAAGAGAACUACGUGUGAAUCCUCCCUCGCCGCGAGGCCGGACCCAGGAGACAGGGGCAUUAUGUGUAUAUUGUACAAACCAUAUACCUGAUAUUUAUUGAGAUAAAAAGAUCCUUAUUUAUACCUGUGUAUGUUAUGCAGUCGCGGGGGGCCCGAUUCUCGGCGCCGCCAGCCGGGUAGUGGGGAGGGGGCUUGCGGAGCGGUGCUGAGCCACCCCGGGGAUGCUGCGGUGCCUGGCAGAGCUCUCCGGUGCCCGGUGCCCGUACAGCCCUUCCCUGUGGAGGGGGUGUCCGCGCUGCCACGCGUUGAGCACCCCCACGUGUCCUUGGCCGGCAGCCCUGGGCCUAUUUAUUUUUGGAUUGAAUUCUCGGUACUCUGCUGACGUUUCUGGCCGGGACCUCGAGGUCUUGAGGGAAUCUGCGCUUUUGCCUUCCCCGGAGGGGCUCAGCCCCAGCUGCCAGCGGCAGGAAAGGCAGCACAGCGCUGCACUGGACUGGAGAGGUAGAUAUUUUAUAUAUAUACACAUAUAUAUAUAUAUAUGUGUGUGUGUGUAUGUUAUUUUCUCCUCAAGCUUUAGCAUGUGUUUGUUAAAAGGGAUUUUAGUUUAGGUUUUCCUGGGCCCGUUCAGACCAGGCUCCCACUCGUGACGCCGGGGCCCAGCGGCCUGGUGUGGGUCCCCGUGGGUCCCCAUGGGCCAUGGCAGCUCUGACGGGGGGGGACACCACCAGCCCCCCCGAGCCUGCCGCUGCUGCAGGUGCCCCCAUCCAGAGCCCCUUGCCCCGGGACCAGCCUGCCCAGACCCCCCUCACCCCUCCCUGCCAACACCCCUUUGAAAGUAGCCCCCGGGGGUUGUGUGGAGGGUGUCCGUGGCCCCCCUGAGGCAUUUCCAGAGCUGCUGGGGUGGGCAUGGGGAGCACGGCUCGGUGGAGAGGGUCAGGAUUGUCCUGCCCACCCCCCCGGGACCCCCCGCCUGGCCCCACUUCCCGCACCCCCUGCUCUGAUGACACCGUCUGUAUUUAUUUUUACUUCUCUCAUUUUGUGUGUUGUCACCUGUGUAAAUACCAUCUCAUCUCUGACACCAAAAAGCUAUUGCCUUUAUAUAAAUAUCAUAUAUAUAUUAUAUAUAUAUAUAUAUAAAAAUACCCUAUUUUCUAUUUUUGUAUGAUUGCGUUCUGAUUCCUGAGGCAAACGCUAUGGGAACAUAUACAUUUCCUAUUCGGUAUUGUUAGGGGCAUUUUACGGCUGUGUUACAAUUUGGAUUAUAAUUAAAAAAAGAAUAAACGGU